AAUCAAAAUUAAUUCAAUUCUCACAAGCGAAAUCAUUUAAGAUAAGAGUGCAUUACUACUAAGAGGAGAAAAAAUGAAAGUUGUAUACUUCCUUGUUGCUAUCUUGGCUUUGACAUCCACUGUGGUCUCUGCCUAUGACCCUAGUCCUCUGCAAGAUUUUUGUGUGGCGGCCAAAGAAAAAGAUGGUGUAUUUGUGAAUGGAAAAUUCUGCAAAGAUCCCAAGCUUGUGAAAGCUGAAGAUUUCUUCAAACAUGUGGAACCUGCGAAUACUGCGAAUCCACUAGGUUCACAAGUGACUCCGGUCUUUGUUGAUCAACUACCUGGACUAAACACACUGGGCAUAUCUUUGGCUCGCAUAGAUUAUGCACCAAAGGGUUUAAACCCUCCCCACACUCAUCCUCGUGGUACUGAGAUCCUUAUAGUACUUGAGGGAACUCUUUAUGUUGGAUUUGUGACUUCUAAUCAAGAUGGAAAUCGCCUCUUCACCAAAGUGCUGAACAAGGGUGAUGUGUUUGUCUUCCCAAUUGGUCUCAUUCAUUUCCAACUCAAUGUGGGGUAUGGUAAUGCUGUUGCCAUUGCUGGUCUUAGUAGCCAAAAUCCAGGAACUAUCACUAUUGCAAAUGCUUUGUUUAAAGCUAAUCCUCCUAUUUCUCCUGAGGUUCUCACCAAAGCCUUCCAGGUGGACAAGAGCACAAUUGAUUAUCUUCAAAAGCAAUCUUGGUAUGACAACAAUAACUAGAUUUGAAAUAUGGACGAUUAUUUGACGCUAAUUAUGGAUAUUUGAUUACUUCAAUAUGUCAAUCACCGUAGGCAAUUGACCUACAAAUAGUUAUUAUUGUAAUAAGUAAAAUGUCUGUGGUUUGUAUUUCUUUACCGUGUAGUUGUUCUGUUUUGUGUUUGAUAUAGUUCAAUAUAUUGUUUGAGUUUAAUGAAAGAAUCAUAUGCCUCCCUUUCA